AGUACUUACCGCUUACCGUAAGCGGCUUACGCAUUUGCAAAAAGCAAAAAUUAGCAUAAAAAUAUUUGUUUCCAGCACGAUUUGAGCGGGAAUAUAGGUUUAACUCGUUGCGCCGCUGUUGUGACUGGUAGAAAUGUGGCGCCGGAAGUCAGGUCUAUGUUGCGAAUGUUGAAAUUAAAACGUGGCGCAGUUUCUUCGCUUCCUGUUCAGCGCUGUGAUCAUUAACCUAUGGCUAUGACGUUGUAAUGUUGUCACGGAUUUCCGUCACAAAAAGUUAAAAGUUUCCUAUCUUCCUUAGUUUCUCUUUUUCUUAGCGAUAGAAAAUUAAAGAGUGUUUCCAUUUUCCGUUUGUUUUCCCUCAAACUGAAUAUAAUCUCCAACACGUUCAUAAGAAUUAUACUUCUAUUCGUUUUCAGAGCUGGCGCACAGCUGUGGCAGAAGAUGCUCUGUUUCUGAAUUUUGAUCAGUAUGUGUACGAAUAUCGGAAUAUGCACUGAUUUAUCCGUUUGAUUGAGUUGUUCAGUUUGUUGAUGAUGUCUGCAUGAUCUCCCAUGUCCGUCCAUCACUCUCCAUGUGAUCAUGAGCAACGAUGACGAGGGCCGGACUUUGGAGAAGGAGUUGGAAAGUGUUAAGCGGAGAAAUCAGGAUCUGCUGCGGGAAACAGAGACGCUGCGUGCCAAGGUGAUAUGUCUGGAGAGUGAGAAGGGUGAAUAUAUCCGCGAACUGCGCAAGUACAAGGAUGCCUUGCUGGCCCAUAAGAAAGAGCUGGCUAAUUUCCACGAGCAUAAACAUGCUAAAAAAGAACUGGAGAACCAAGUUGACAAUCAUAAACGGCAGAUUCUGGAGCUGCAGGCCGACCUGGAUCGAUUACGUGAUUUGCUCAAAGAAACCGAAACGGAUAUGCGAAAAUAUCAGAGCCAGUAUCAGGAUUCCAUGGACUUGAUCGAGAAACUCACCGCCAACAAUGUUGAUCUCAAAAUCAAAGUUUCCGCUUUUUCUUCCGAGUUGGAUUCCUUACAAGUUUCUUAUGCCGCGCUGCAAAGCGAUCACGCCACUCUCCUGUCGCGAUCGGAGCGCGUGUCCAGCGACCAUGACCUCCUGAACACCCAACUGGAAGCGGAACGGUCCUCCCGCGUUAGCGACGCCGAGACUCUCCAGCGUCAGCUGGAAGAGCGCGACGCGGAGAUGCAGCGCUUACGGCUGGAUUAUGAGAACGCGCAGAAUGAGAAACGACUCCUUUCCAGGACGUAUCAUGCCACUUUGAAGGAUCUGAAACGGCAGCUGGCGGCGGCGGCCAAGGCGCAUUGUAAUGGAUCGGAGAACGGGAAGGGUGAUCCGGAGAAUGUUGAACAGAUCAGUCUUAAGUCGCGGGCCAGUUCGUCGUCGUCGCUGGAUGCCUCGCCGGUGCUGCUGCACUGUGUGACCAAUCAUAAUACAUUCUCCCACAGUGAAGAUUCAGCGGCGCCCUCGCCACAAGCCAGUGCGGAUAUCGACAAAGCCUUGUUAAUCGAAAAGAUUGUGAAUCUCCAGCGUGAAUUAGCACGGAAGGAUGAAAAGUGCGAUUUCCUCGAGGACCACAUUGCGUUAUUAACGGCAGAAUUAAAGAAAGCCAAACUGCACAGAUAGAAUUUGAUCAUUCCGCGUUGUAUAGCGGUGUUUUCUCUACUGAUUAAAACUGUCUCCACUCUGUCCGGGCAACCCGGUGUAUGAAUCUGUUGUUUGAAUCUUCUUACCAGUUUUUCGUUUUAUGAUAGAAUUUUAAUUUAACUUACAGAUUCUCAUGGGCUUGUGCGUUUUUGUGCUCUGUUUAGAGAUGUUCAAAGAGUAUUGUUGAAUUCGUAAUCUGGCUGACAGUCCACCCUGAGUGAUGAAUUUUUUAUAAUUCAGUCUUGAUUGAACUGAUAAAAUUCGAUUGAAUCAGUAAUGAUUUAUGAAAGAUAAA